UGGGGGGGAGGCCGAGACGUGGCCCCCGCCACCACCACCACCACCACCACCAGCUCCCACCAGCGCUGGGGUCCAGCACAGGGUCCGGCGCAGCGGUGCGAGCCCGGCCGCCGGCAUGGCCGCGGGGUGCCGGCCCGCGCCCCCCUGGACCUACCGCCGCAUCGCCGGGGAAUACGCGUACCUGGAGAAGCGCUUCGUGGCGGAGCUGGCCCCCCCCUGGCCCCCGGCACCCCCCGUUCCCCCCCGGCGCCUGCAGGACUUCGCCACCCCCACCCCCCCCUGGGCCGGGAGACCCGGGCCCGGGCACCCCCCACCCGCUGCCCCCCGGGACAGCCCGAGGGGACGGGGGGCAGCGGACCCCGGGGCCGGCACCCGCCGUGUGCCCCCCGUCCCCCGCUGCCAGGGGGUAGGCUGGGCCCCCCCAGCUACGAGGCCCAUAUGCAGCGGGUGCAGGUGGCCCACACCCGCCGUGGGGGGCCACCCCCCUACAUCUCGCCCCCCGCCUACGACGCUCCCCACCGCACCCUGCAGCUCCGGCCCCCCUGGGGACCGCGUAGCCCCCCGCCGGCACCCCGGGGCCGUGGGGGUGUGCUGGGGAGCUGGAGCCACACGCUGCCCCGGGCGGCCACCGAGGCCGGGCACCGACGGCCCCGUGGGAUGCAGCCGUCCCCGGGGGGGCCUGGCACCCCCCGCCACAGCCAAACGCUGCCCCGGGCAGCAACCGGCUGGGAACGGGUCCCAGGACGUGGCAGGGGGCGGCGGGGGACGGGGGGGCACGUACUUAUCGACGCCACCCGUGUGGUGGUCCGGGCCCAGUACGUCCCCCCCCCCGCAGCGGCAGCAGGUCCGCUACGCGGGGGGGUCCCCAGGGCCUACUGCCCCCCUAUGCAGCAGCCCUCCUGCGGCCCCCGGGGCUGUCACCCCACCAGCAGCACCCUCACCCCCCCGCGACCCCCCCCGGCAGCCCCCGCAGUCCCUGGCGGAGCCCGGGUGGCUGUGGGGGUCCCCGGGGCCGGCCCCCCCCCGCGGCGGCCGGUGCUGUACGCCCAGGCGUUACGCGAGGCCGUGUCCCGCAUCCGGCGGCACACGGCUCCCGACUCCGACUCGGAGGCGGAGGGGGGCGCGGGGGGGCCCCGGUGGCGGCACUGCCGCGACGCCCGCGCCUACAGCAGCAGCAGCAGCAGCCUGGAGAGCACCGGGGCCCCCCCGGGGGCCACCAGCCCCCCCCGGGCCUGAAGGGUGGGGCCUGUGGGGGUGUGGUGCCCGCGGGGCGGGGCUUGGUGGGGUGUGGUCCAGAUGGGGUGGUGCUUGGCGGGGUGUGGCCCUCGGGGGGC